GAAAAUUUUGCAAAUGCAAAUCCAGUAUCGAUAGGGAUAGAAUAGGGGUUCGUUAGUGUAGAAAUACAUCGACGUGUGGUUGAAACAUGGAUACUCUACAAAAAUUAUAUCAUGACAUUUUGGAAAAAAAUGCAGAUCCGAGAGUAAAACACUGGACACUAAUGGGUAGCCCUGUUCCAACCUUAGUCAUUAUAGCAAUAUAUUUAGCAUUGAUCCUAGUCAUAUUACCAGCAUACAUGAAGAAUCGGAAGCCAUUCAAUUUAAAGACCACCAUUAAAUGUUACAAUGUAUUCCAAAUACUUUCCUGCAUUUUCAUUAUUUAUACGAUGUAUACCGCAGGAUGGGCGCAAGGAGAAAUCAAGUUCGGAUGCGCACCAGUUGACUAUUCCAAUAAUCCAAAUCCAGUGAAACUGUUAGGAGCUUUUUACUGGAUUUAUUUACUGAAAAUGGUCGAAUUGAUUGAAACGGUAUUUUUUAUUCUCAGAAAAAAAUCCAACCAAGUGUCACCACUGCACAUCUAUCACCACGCGUCGACAUACCUCUUAACUUACAUCGGAUGUAAAUUCGUAGGAGGUGGAAUGGCUUCAUUUCCUGUGAUGGUAAACUCAUUUAUCCACGUCCUCAUGUACACCUACUACUACCUGUCUUCCUUGGGGCCAGAAUGGCAGAAGAAAUUAGCACCGUGGAAACCUAGAUUAACAAUAGCCCAAAUGCUACAAUUCACUCUGCUAAUAUUUCACGCAUUGACCGCUUUGCCAUCUAGUUGCAAGAUACCAAAACAGUUUCUCCUAAUAUAUCUCCCGAAUGUGGUUAUCAUCUACAAAAUGUUCUACGACUUUUACAUGAAGAGUUACAAGAAAACGGACAAUACUCAAGCGAACAACUCUAAACCUCAAGCGAACAACUCUAAACCUCAAGCGAACAACUCUAAACAAAACGGUGUGAAAGUCAGCCAAAAAAAUCAGACAAGUAGCAAAAGUAAGAGAACGUGAUCAAAUAACAAUUCAAAAUUUGGGAUUAUUCAGAAUUGUACAAACGAGAUGAAUGGCUUGAGACCUUCCAUAAAUUCUAAAAAUAUAUUGCUGAGUUGAUAUACUACUUCAUCACAUAUAUCUUUCGAAAAUUCAACUUUUUAUACCACUGAAUUGAAAUGUUCGAAAACUUGAAAUUGUACUUUCAAUAUGAAAUAUAGUUUUUUUAAUAGUAUAACUAACAGUUGAUCUUAUCAGAUAAGUUUUGCAUCAAAGCUUUUCUACAUUUUCUUAUUCACAAAAAUUGUUAACACCAAACUGAUAACCAAAUUAAAAAAAAAAUCAUGACCCAAACCACAUUUUGUUUCAAUAACAAGUUUCAUAAAUAUUGAACUCUUAGUAAUAACAAUUUUUCUAAAUAUAAUCCUGCUACUUUCAACGUAUUCAUUCAUCAAAUGAUCUUUUAAGCCAACAACCCACAAGAUGAAUAUCAUUAAUUUCGACUUCAACUGAUACCUUCAUCAGAAGAUAUUUUUUGUCAGUCGUUUCUAUCAGACUUGAAAAUCGUUUUCAGUCAGAAUUACUUCUUUUUAUUUCGACUAACUUCCAAGAAAACUUUGAAGUCUAUAUAAUUUUCCAGAAUCGAUGAUUUCCCUAAUAUUCAGAGUCAACUUUUGGCGUAGAAUGAAUCCAGAAAAACACUUUCCAUAAAUCAAAAUUGUGGUCCUUUUUCAACUCAAGUUUGGCUGACCAAGUUGGCGUCAUUAGGUGAUGAUUUAAACUGCCUACUGGAUAUCAUGAUGACUGCUUUGAAUUUUAUGUGUUCUUUUAAAAAAUUGGGAAGCUUCUUUUUGAAAUUUGUUAUAUAGUAGUGUUAUAACAAAGCAAAUGAAAGAAAGCGAUGCAUGAGUUUUGAGGCCAGCCGCCCACUGACAACUUCAUUCAAGCAAAUUUUAAAUAACAGAAUAAAAUAUAUUGUUUCUUAUAAGAGCCGGCACAUAGGCAAUUGUUUAGUUGCGGCAACUAAAAAAUUAUAACACGUUCGAAUUUCCUGUAGACUUAGAUUGUUUCUGGAAAAAAGGAAACAAAUGAUAAUACCUGUCUCUCUCCGAAUACUGGCGAAAAUUAAUAAAUAAAGUGAUUGGGUAUUUUUCGAACUGUCAAUCAAAUUAUGAAUUUGUUCAUCUAUAAACCUUGUUUCUAGAUGGACAAAUCAUUCAAUAAGGGAAAUUAAAAAUUUGCCAGUAUGCGGUUAGCCCAAUAAUGUUCAUACUUCAAAAAAGUUCACUUGUGUAUUCUCGACAUUUUCACUCAUUAUUUUGAAUUUUUGAGAAACAGAAUAAAGAAAACAGUCAAUUAUACAUGGUAAUCGAGUAAUAUAUAUCCACUUCAUUCAUUUGGACAUUAUUAUCACUUAAACUGGUUUCAUAAUUUGUUUGAGAAAGCAACCUUUUCCUAAACUCAUUCACUCUCAAAAUUCAAUAAUUUUAUUUGUAACAUAUUUUCUUCACCGUAAGUUUGUAAAUAGAAUAUGAUGUCACGGGCAUUACCAAGAGUGAUCUUUUAAAAAGUUAUACUAUAGCGGGUGUUUUAAAAAAUUAAAGCCAUUUCUUCUUUUGACAAUUCAGACCAGAGUUCACACUGUUUUUAUGUUCUAAUUCGACUUUCCAAACAAAACGUUUCUCCCACACUAGAACAAAACUCUGUUUUUAUCGUCUCCUGAUGAUGGUAAUUUGUUUAGCAAAACGCAUAUCGAAACGGGGUUUUGUUCUGGCGCGGAAAAGUGUUUUCUUCAGAUUUAUUUUAGGCCAGAGGUUGCAAUUCUAAUUCUACAAGUGUAUAGUAAUAUGUUAAAAUGAAAAUAAUGCAAUUUAAUUUUUAAAUCAAACAAACUUGUUAUUCAAUUAUUAUUUAUCUACUUUGGUAAUUUACUAAAUAUUACAA